AUGCAAACUGAUAGAAAUAAGAACAUCUUGAGAGUCGAUAAUGUUUUGCAAGUACCGAAUUUAAGUGAAAAUCUGCCGUCAGUAUCAAAAAUUGUAGAUCAUGAUUUAAAAGUAAUUUUUACCAAAACUAAAGCAAAGGUUAGCAGUAAACAUGGAAACAUUCUAUAUAUAGCUAACAGAAAUGGAAAUAAAUUUGAAGUUGAAGGAAAUUUAGUUGAAGAACCUAAAAUUAGUAAUGUUAAUGAUGUACUAUGGCAUCAGAGAGUAGGUCAUAUAAAUUAUCAAAGGCUGAUAGAAAUGAAAAAAACUCAUUGGUCAUUGGAUUAA